AUGAGUUCACCGUCAGCAGAAAUAAACGAGCCACCACAAGAAGGAUUACCGUCAGCAGAAAUAAACGAGUCACCACAAGAAGGAUCAAGCAAUUCACCACAAGUAGGAUUAAACAAUUCACCACAAGAAGGAUCAAGUAAUUCACCACAAGUAGGAUUAACCAAUUCACCACAAGGAGAUGAAACUAAAGUUUUGUCGGAAGAUAUAUAUUACAAUAGUCAGCUAAAAAAAGUAUAUAACAAUUGGAAUGAUCUUCAGUCUCUACUUAAUAAAUAUUUGAUUGUUUUUGUUACAGCUUGUAUUACCUCAGUUACGAUUGGAAUUGUGUUUUCGAUUUCAGAUGAAAAUACUAUGGGAUCUUUAAGUAAAAAAAUUAUUUCAAAUCAGCCAGAUACUGUUGAUGAUUUGAACAAAGAAGAACAAGGUAUUCCUUGGUCACAUAAAGAUAGCAAUUUUAACGAAGAUGGUCUAGAUAAAAUUGCUAACCAUGAAAAAAAUUUUAGAGAGCCAUUAUGUUUCAUGAAAAAGUUGGCUAAAAAUACAAAAACUACAUUGAUUUUUGUGGCUAUAUGGAGUAUUAUAUUUUCAUGCCUUAUAAUUUAUGUGACUGUAUAUUCUAUUAUUAUUGCCGCAUCUACCGCAUCUACCGCAUCAGAUGAUGAUGAUUAUAGAAUUUUAAUAAAAUGGCUCUUUAUAUGUCCUGCAAUUAGUAUAGUCAUUGCUCUUGUAUACACAUAUCAAAUUAAUAUAGUUCCUAAUAUAGUAGAAAAGAAAAAUUUACAUUUUAAAGAUAAAGUUCCUUUAAGUAAUUUAGUUGAAGAUGAGAAUAAGAAAGUUUGUUGUAGAGUAACGGUAAAAAGAAUUGAAUUAAACCAAAAAGAGAUGACGGCAAUUGAACUUACUCUUAAAGGCUUGACGACGACAACUCUAACAGUUCAAAAUUGA